AUGCCGUGCGCAGCGAUCUACACCGUGGAGGGCAUCCUCGAUCUUAAGAUUGUCCCUCCUGGGAAUGGCAAGCAAUACUGCCUAGCUAAAACCAAAAAGUCCCGUGGAAAACUCCAGUGUGGCAGUGUGAUUUCCGAGAGAAAUCAAGAAAAAGCUUGGUAUCUGCUGCGCGAAUGCAUGUCGUGUUCGGAUUUAGAUGACCAGGCGGUUGAAUGUCACACGAAGAAGCUCUGCGAGCUGCUCAUUCAUAGCCGUCAUGAAGGACAGCGCAAAUUGAACGUCGAGAAAUGGAACCAGAAGAUUUUCGAGUUCAGAAAUGAUCCAAGGAACCGAAAUGCGUGCAGACAACCCCUAUGCCCCUUGGAGAAACAACCCGACUGCUUAUCGAGUGACCCUAUUCAUUAUCCCAUUCUUCCAUACGCCAUUGAUGACGCUGUCGAGUCAGAGGAGAUCACGAUCCACAGUUCAGUCCUCGAAAUCCGAGAGGAUGCGACGGUGGAGCGAUACCGGAGCAUAGAGGCCGAUCAAUCACGCAGUGUAUCCACGAAUGAGUCAAUUGAAGAAAUAUCAACGUCCAAUACUUCCAGCCAUGUGGCCCAUUCUUCACACCAUGGUCUUUCAGACAACAAUUCAACGGUGCACUCGCCUAUUACCUUGUUCUCCUGUGUAUUUGGCCUGUUCAUGCAAUUUGGCGCCUUUUGUGGACUUCGAGUUCAAAUUGGAAAAUCACAACCAAGACAGAACAGCUCGAAUGGAUCAAUAGUCCGUUUUAAAUUCGAACUGGUCCUUUUGGAGAGGUUCAUGCCCCUCUGUGUAUUGUUAUUGGUGGGGAUUUUCCAAUUUUGGGAUUUCUACUAG